AUGGCCCCGGCAGAGGCCUCCCUGCUCACCCUCUGGCUGCUGGGGUUCGUGGCACUCCAGGCCCACGCGUGUCCCAUCACCUGCCGCUGCUACAGCAUGACCGUGGAGUGUGGCUCUCUGGGCCUCAAAGAGCUGCCCGGCAGCAUCCCCCCCUCCACCCAGACCGUCUUCCUCCAGGAUAACAGCAUCACGCAGAUCCACCAACAAGACCUGGCGCCUCUUUCGGGCCUCCAGUACCUCUACAUGCAGAACAACACCAUUUCGGCCCUGGAGCCCGGCGCCUUCCGCCACCAGGACCGGCUUCUGGAGCUGGCGCUGAACGGCAACCGCAUCCACCUCAUCAACAGCAGCAUCUUCAAAGGCCUGGAGCACCUGCGCGUCCUCUACCUGGCCGGCAACCAGAUCACCCGCCUGCCAGACUUCACCUUCUGUGACCUGGAGAGACUGCAGGAGCUUCACUUACAGGAGAACAGCAUAGAGGUUCUGGAGGACCAAGCCCUGGCUGGACUCUCCUCGCUGGCCUUGCUUGACCUCAGCAAGAACAACCUGCGCACCAUCAGCCGGAUGGCCCUGCGGCCUCUGAUCAGCCUGCAGGUGCUGCGGUUGACAGAUAACCCUUGGCGCUGCGACUGCUCUCUGCACUGGCUCAGUAGCUGGAUCAAGGAGGACGGGCAGCGGCUCUUGAGCCCCCUGGACAGGAAGAUUGUUUGCUCCGAGCCCCCGCGGCUGGCCUACCAGAGCCUGCGGGACAUCUCCGGCAACAGCUUGAUCUGCAUCCCGCCCGUCGUGCAAGUGGAGCCGCUGGAGAUGACCGCCCGCCUGGGAGACGACCUGCGUGUCUCCUGCCAGGCCUCCGGCUACCCGCAGCCGCUGGUCACGUGGCGCAAGCUGGCGCACUGGCGAGCGGGGGGAUCCAGGGCCAACGGUGCCCGGCUGCCCGGCGGAACCUUUGAGCUGAGCGAGCGCAGCGUGGGGGAGCGCUUUGAGCAGUCGGACACCGGCAGCGGGAUGCUCUUCCUGAACAACGUGACGGUGGCGCACGCGGGCAAGUAUGAGUGCGAGGCGUCCAACCCCGGCGGGACGGCCCGCGUGCUCUUCCACCUCAUGGUCAACCUGUCCCAGCAGCAGCAGCUGCAGCAGACGUCGCGGGGCUACCCGGCCUCCACGGACAUCAGCCAGGAGCCCCUCUACGACAUGGAGAGCAUGGACUUCAAUGCGCUCAGCAUGGCCACGCAGACGGCCAUCGCGGUGGCCAUCUCCCUCCUGGCGUUGGUCGCCCUCUUCCUGGUGAUCAUGAUCUACCGGAAGCACCGCAAGCGGGAGAAGGCCAAGAAGGAGGAGAACAUCCUCUACGUCAACGACUACUCCGACGGGCCCACCACCUUCGCCCAGCUGGAGGAGUACCGCGAUGAGAGGGGCCACGAGAUGUUCGUCAUCGACCGCAACAAGCCCCUCUUCGCCACCUACAAGGACCCUCAGGGCCUGGCAGGGGCCUUCCCCGAACAGCUGCAAGACCAAGCCACCCAGACCCUGGAAGGAGAAGAGGACGGCCCCCCGGAAGCCAACGAUCUUUUCGUCAACCAGGGACUGAUGUUCCAACCUCAGAUUGCAUACGAAAUCCACUGCUGA